GAGGCUGCCGGGAGUUGUAGUGUGUCCUGGGCGGCGGGGCAGGAACGGGCCGCAGGCGUUAAGCAUGGCCGCAGCGGAGGUGGGCGGGGCGCACGGUUGUCCCACGCUGCCGCUCGCCAACGGCCGGAGCAUCCCGGUGCUGGGGCUCGGUACUUCCCACCAAGGUGGGUAUUCCCAUGAUGCUGUGGUCCAUGCAUUGCAAAAAUGUGGCAUUCGUCAUAUUGACACAGCAAAGAGAUAUGGCUGUGAAUCCCUCCUCCAAAAGGCCAUCGAAGAGAGUGGUGUGAAGCGAGAGGAACUCUGGAUAACUACCAAGCUGUGGCAUAGUGAUUAUGGCUAUGAAAACACAAAAAAAGCCUGCUUGGAGUCAUGCGAAAGACUUGGUGUUGAAUAUCUUGAUCUUUAUUUAAUACACUGGCCUGAUGCACAUGUUCCAGGUAAAAGCAAUCGAGAAGUUCGAGCUGAAACCUGGAGAGCGAUGGAGGAGCUCUAUGAGAGAGGUUUGUGUAGAUCAAUUGGUGUAAGCAACUUUCUUAUCAGUCAUCUUGAGCAACUAAAGGAAGACUGUGUGAUUACUCCACAUGUUAAUCAGGUUGAGUACCACCCUUUCCAAAGACCUCAGGAGCUGGUGGAUUAUUGUAGGAGCAGAGAUAUUGUUUUUGAAGGCUACUGUCCUUUAGCCAAAGGUGAAGCACUCACUCAUCCUAGUAUCAUUCAGCUGGCAAAGAAAUAUGGCAGAACUCCAGCACAGAUUUGCAUACGCUGGAGUAUACAGAAUGGUAUUGUCACUAUUCCGAAGUCCACAAAAGCAGAAAGGAUACAGGAAAACUGCAAGGUGUUUGAUUUUACAAUAGCAGAAGACGAUGUUGAAAUUCUGAAUGGAAUGCAUGAUGGGAGACAUGUUUCCUGGGACCCAAGCCUUAUUGUGUGAAUGAAGGAAAUGGCUAUUUUACUGCUUCCCCCUUCCCAUAUUAGAGAUAGGUAAUAUCUGUGAUCUACCAAAUAAUUGUGGAUUUUCCAUCUAAGACUUCUCUUUCUUCAUAAUAGCAAGUUAAGUUCAGUUAUGCCCAUUGAUGUCUUUAGUUUACCCUAGUAUAUGACGUAGAUUUGGAAUUUACUUGACUGGUCGGUAACAGUGGAAUAAAAAAUUAACCUUCAAAAAGUUUUCUAACACUGCCUUAUACAGUUUCGUUGUUGUGGAACUUCUGCUGUAUUUUAAUACAUAUAUCUAAUCAUGAUAUAUGUUUUUCUCAUAUUAAAGAGUGUUAUGGCUUUCGGUGCAAUGAUACCCAGCAAAACUAUUGCAUGUCACUUUCUGAGCUACUUCAAUUCUUUCUACUUGGACUUAAGGUUUUCCUAAUGUUAUAUUCAGCUUACUGAUUUAAAAAUUAAUUACAAAUUCUCACAAAAAAUGAAUAUAGCAAACUUUUUACAAUAGUCUUUUAAAACAAAAAAAGGCAUUUAAUUAAUAUUAAUUAUCAAUCUAAAAAAUGAAAAUAAAACAGACCACCUAAAUUAAAGAAUGCUAAUACAAAACAACUAUGUGUGCUUUAGUCUUUGCAAUGUUCUCAUCACUUUUUUUUUUCUCCA